CGCGCGCGAGGCCCAAAGCCUUUGUUCCCCUCCGGUCAGAAACCUUUACCCCCCAACCCCGGGAGGUCGGAAAAUCUGGGAAGGGGACCAAGCAGAGUGGCAGGUGGGAUUGUCCCACUGGGGAAAGUGAACACAGGACGCUCUGGAAGGGUCUAAGGAAAGAGAAUCCUUCUUUCCCCUAGCCGGAUCACCAGACUCCAGCUCCGCAGAGACCAGGCUAGCCUCAGUUCACCUCCCCUCCCUGUGCUCAAUAAGCAGGUCUAACCACCUCCUGGCAGGCAAAGCCUUGAGUGAGGGAGGGUCCAUGUUCUGGACACUGGCCAUCUUCAUGGGACACCAUGCACUUCAUCCUCAUCCCGUUUAUCUUCUGCCCAGCCUGGUCCUAGAGGGAUCUUUCUAUACCGUAACUACAUCUCACCCCUCACCACAACAGCCCACGGCUCCCUAGUCAUUUUUCUUUUCCUUCCUCUGUUCUUUCAAGUUCUGAGAUAGGAUCUCAUAAGUGGCCUCGAACUCAGUAUGUAGCCCAGGUUAGCCUCACACUUGCAGUAAUCCUCCUGCCUCAGCCUCCCUUGUGCUGAAAUCACAGGUUUGCAUUGCCACACCCGGCUCCCCUGUGGCCUUAGACAAUUUGAAGCAACCACUGUGUCUUGACAGUGUAUGAAAAAGUCCUCUAAAGAUAACAGUGGACAGUUGGACAGUUGGCGACGCUGCCCAUAGCAACUAUCUAUGGUCCCCAUCGCUACCCUUUAUUACCCGUGUAAAGUCCAGGUGCUAGGGCCAAGGACUGCGGGAAAUGAAUGCAUAAACUGUUCUGGCUUUCUUUUUUGAAAACAGCAUAAGCUACUUACAGAACUGGACUCAAGUUACUAUGUAACUAAGACCGCCCUUAAACAGGUGAUGCUCUGGCCUUUGUCUCCCAACUUUCGGGAAGACGGCAGUGUGCCACCAUGCCUGGCUGAAAUUUUAGUUAUAUACUGAUUGCGUGCACAGGAAUUGAUCUUAGAGCCUUGUAUUUGAAGGAGUCAGGUAGUAGAGCCCCUGCCUGGAAUUCCCCAGUGAGGGAUUGGGGGUAUGGCCAGGGUGGAGCCCAACUCAGAAUACCCAGUGUGGGACUGGGGGCGUGGUCAGGGUGGAGCCCCGCCUAGAAUCCCCCUGUGAAGGGCUGGGGGCGUGGUCAGGGUGGAGCAUUGGCCUAGAAUCGCCCCGGGAAGGCCUGGGCGCGACUCCGUGGUACAGUGUUCACCUAGCAGGCCCAAAGGUCCUGGUUUGCAUCUGCAGCAAAAGGAAGGAAACAGUGAGAGAACAGCGGGAGAGAAAUGUCUGCUUGUUAUAAUCCUUCAGACCGGCAGUGAGAGUCACGCCUGCUGGUCCACACCCGUCAUUAUAGCCCUUGAGAGGCUGAGACACAAAGAGCUGGAGCUAAAUGUCAGCUAAGGGGGCUGGAGAGAUGGCUCAGCAGUUAGCAGCCCUUCCAAAGGUCCUGAGUUCAAUUCCCAGCAACCACAUGGUAGCUCACAACUGUAUGGAAUGGGAUCAGAUUCCAUCUUCUGCUGUACAUGAAGACAGAGAUCUCAAACAUAAAACAAAUAAGUAAAUAAAUCUUUUUUUUUUUAAAAGUCAUCUUGAGGCCAGGCAGUGGUGGCGCACGCCUUUAAUCCCAGCACUUGGGAGGCAGAGGCAGAGGCAGGCAGAUCUCUGUGAGUUGGAGGCCAGCUUGGUCUACAGAGUGAGUUCCAGGACAGGCUCCAAAGCUACAGAGAAACCCUGUCUUGAAAAGCCAAAAAAAUUAAAAGUCAGCUUGGGUUGUGUAUCUAGACAACAAACAACCAAACCAGAAAAACUCAGAAUGUGGAUACUAGUCAUGCAUCUAGGAAGUGGAGUAAGGAGGCUCAGGAGUUCAAGGUCAUCCUCAGUUCUGUAGUUGGGGCCAGCCUGGGCUAUGUGACUUUGGCUCAAACAAGGCAAACGAGAGAAAACUAAAACCAAUAACUAACGUGCUUAGCUGUAAGUCUGAUGAAGGGUAAUCAGAACACACGGGCUGGGAAUGAUUGCAGUUGGCGACCUGUCUCAGCGAGGAAGGGAACGUGCCACCAAGCCUGAUGACCUGCAUUUAGUCCGCAGGAGCCACAUGAUGCAAGGAGAAAAUCCACUCCUUCGAGCUCUGACCUCCACACACAUACACACAGUGAAUGUAAUAAAAAGUUAAACUGAUCUAAGCUGAGAAAGUCCCCUCCCCGCCUGACCCCUGGCUAAAGACUUGUCUUGCAGAUGUAUGUCUGGUGAUCCAGGAACGUGGGCGCUACACUCAGCGACUUCCCAGGCAUUCCAGAUCUUGCUGUGAUGUGCCUGCGGUACGCUUCUGUUUUCCCUGUGAUCACGUCCCAGCCACCUUCCUCAACACAGUCCCUUCGCUUGGGACAGGAGCCCAGAGCUGCCGGGAUUUCCCCAGGAUCCAGCCCCCGCCCAGCCCUGCCAGGGAGGGAGGUGACGGCUGACUGAGUUGAGGAAACUCCCCAGGAACCUGUUUAUUCGCUUCCUGGCCGGGCUGGGGUUCCUACUGGAAGGACGGGGACCUGGGCUGGACAUGGCCUCGGCCCUGAGCCCACCCAAGGGCCCCAAGCCCAAAGGCGUGCCACCUUCACACUACUAUGAGAGCUUCCUAGAGAAAAAGGGACCCUGUGACCAGGAUUACAGGAAGUUCUGGGCAGGCCUCCAGGGUUUAGCCAUCUGCUUCUACAACAGUAAUCGGGACUUUCAGGCCCUGGAGAAGCUGGACCUGAGGCUGUUUUCAAAGAUCAAAGAUGAGUCUCCUUGGGGAAGCUCAAGGGAUACCAGCCCUCACUUCAGCCUGGUACUCCGGGACCAGGAGGUCAAAUUCAAGGUGGAGAGCCUGGAGUCUCGUGAGAUGUGGAAAGGAUUUAUCUUGACUGUGGUGGAGCUCCAUGUCCCGUCUAACCUGACCCUGCUGCCCGGACAUCUGUACAUGAUGGCCGAGGUUCUGGACAAAGAGAAGGCGAGGCGAGCAGCUGAGGUGCCCUGGUGUUUCCUGCAGGUGAGCCGGCUGGAGGCGCAGCUGCUCCUGGAGCGCUACCCCGAGUGCGGAAACCUGCUGCUGAGGCCUGGAGGGGACGGCAAAGACGGUGUGUCUGUCACUACCCGGCAGAUACUCAACGGGUCUCCAGUGGUCAAGCACUACAAGGUGAAGAGGGAGGGUCCCAUGUAUGUGAUCGACGUGGAAGACCCGCUUUCCUGUCCCUCACUGGAUGCUGUGGUCAACUAUUUCGUGACAUACACGAAGAGGGCAUUGGUACCCUUCCUGAUGGAGGAGGACUAUGAGAAGGUUCUAGGCUUCGUGGACUCAGAUCGGGAGAACGGCGAGAGUGUAUGGGCUGUGUCCUCCUCCCGGGAUUCAGGCCCUGCCCCCCUUGCUAAUGUCUCGAAGCCACUCCCACCUGUGCCUGUGUCUGUGUCCAGUCAGGAGGACAGGCUACCUCUACUACCUCCCCUGCCUCAGCUACCGGACCAGGAUGAGAACUAUGUGACCCCCAUUGAAGAUUCCCCGGCAGUUGAGUACGUGAAUCAAGACGUGUCUUCCUCUAGUCAUCCAGUCCCCUCAAAGCCCAAGAAGCCAGCAAAGCUCCCAGCAAAACCCCCAAAGCCACCGAUCGAGCCCAAACCAGACCUCAAAGCGACCACCAGUGUCUGGCCCAGGAAGCCAGUGUCACCCCAGGAUCCCUUCCUUCUGACAAAGCUGGGGGACAUCACGGCCGAGCUGGAAGAGAAACUGCAGAAGAGGAGAGCACUGGAACACUCAUCUAGGCCCCCAGGGACCAGCGAGCUAUCUCAGGACACAACAGUCCUCCACCACCUCUGUCCUCACUGAGGGGACUGGACAUGCCCAGCACGGUGAAGAAUCCUGUCCUCCAUACAGUGAAGCAGGGAAGAGCCCUGGGAGACCUGAGGCUAGCCUGAGCCAUAAAGUGAUUUCCACGGCAGCCUUGGCUAGAGUGAGGCCUUGUUUA